CUUUAUUCCUGUUUUUAAUUCUAUUUGGAACAAUUUCUUAAUCAUGUUUCACUUCCUGUGUAACUGCACCAGAUUCGAUGUAUUUCUCUUGUCCAUAUGAUCUUCUUCUCGUCAUUACCUUUUUAAGAACCAUUUUCUUCUUUCUUGUGUUCUGUUUCUUAUCGUCAUUGCUUCCUUCUUUGUUCUCUUUGGUUCGAUCUUUAAAAUAUUCCCCUUCUUCACAAUAUUCUUUCUCAAAAUCCUCCUCUUCAGAAUGUCUAGUAUCAUCAUUUCUUCAUUCCUGAUUCUCUUUGUUUUCAUGUCCAAAAUCUUCCUAAUCUACAAGACUACAACAUCUUCAUCAGCAUCAUCAACUUUUUCUUCUUUCAUCUCUUCUUCAUACAAUUCAUCAUUAUCAGCAUCAUAACUUCUUCCUUUGUGGACUCGUCUUAAUUCUGAAUCUGCAUCACUUUCAGAUUCUUCUGCUCUCUCGCCUUUUCUUCUCAAUUUUUUGCUAUUGCUUUUACUUGCUAAAUCUUUUCUUAGAAGUGGCACCAUCUCUUCAAGCAUAUUCUCACAUUUCUUUUCAGUAACUUUAAUGACAUCAUCUCUUCAAGCAUAUUUUAUUGAUCUUGAUUUCCUGCACUUCAAGCAAGUUCUUUAUUGACAAUCUUUAUAUCAUUGUCAUUUGCAAACUAACCUUGUUUCCAAAAUUGUUUUCACUCUGAGAUUAUGUCUGAACUUGUCGUUGCAGCUUUUUGCUGUUUUUACCAGUAGAACUUGCUCUCUUCAAUCAGUUUUUCUUAAACUUGUGGCUGCUCUUUAUAUGAUCUUCUUGUAACUAAAUUAAUUGGAUUUCCUCCUUCUAUCAUUUCCACUUUCCUAAACCAUUCUCUGCACAAUUGCAUUCAUAUUCGGAUCAACUUCAUUGAAUUCAUUUAUGUUUCUCCAAAUUUCUAUAAUAUUGGGAUCUUUGACUCUAUUAAUGUUGGAGCAAUAGUCGUUAUAUAACUCUGGUGGAAAAACAAGCGGGUCCAAGUCAAUAGAGGAGGGUUUAUCAAGAAGAUGAAGGCAUUAUGAGACAGGGACGCAGGGGGACUAUAGCUGAGACAGAGAAUAGUGGUACAAAGGAGGAGGAUAGAAGCAGUGCAGGGGAGGUAUCGGUUGAUCAGAAGCGCAUGAGAAUCUGGAAGGAUCCGACACAGGAAGACAUAGCAGGAGAGGAGAUGGCACCGGACAAAGCGAAAAACGGGAAGGAGGCGGGUCUGAGCUUUUAGAUCCACUUGCCGUGUGCAUGAGGAUGUUGCUGAAGAAAUUUCAUUAUGGUGUUUAUUUUAUUAUUGUUUUGCAUUUUAAAUUCCACGUUAAGACUAUUAGCUUUGGUUUUUGUUAUGUUUGGAUAUGUAAGACUCUUGCAUUAGGAUUGGGUGACGAGAGUUCUGUAGUAACCAUUGUUGGCUCAAUUAUGCCUAGUUUAGGAUCAGCGAGUUAUAUUAUUUUUCCAAAGGUGAUUAACUCUGAGUCUGGCCCAAGGGCGGAUGGUUACUGGUGGUGCUUUUGUUAUUUUAGACCCUUUCUGAAUGCUUUAAUUUUAAUCUAAG